AUGGUUAUUGCUGAGCGCAAUUCGAAGCGGAGCUCCAAUCACAAUCGAUCCGCCGAAAUGUCUAUGUCAAGAUCCCAUGUUUCUCGUAAAAAGCAAAAGGGCCCCCUAAUUUGCUCCUCCUCAUCAUCCUCGUCUUCUUCGUCAUCAAACGCUUGUAGGCUCAGUCCAGCCUCCUUUAGCAAAGGCCAUCGUAAGACCAACUCUGAUGCACGUUCUUGCUCCUCGGAGGAGCGUAGGAAGCCUAUUCCACAAAGAUGUGAGUCAACAUCUGGCACUGAGCCGUGUACAGAAAGUUCUGCGAUGGAUUACGAUAGAUACGAGAAGGAUGAACUAUCGUCCCUCAAAGCGCUCUCCGCUACUGCAGUUGCCGGUGGAGUAGCCUCCUCACGCCUCUCCCCUUCUUCCUCUAACAUAGCUGCCUCCUCUGAUCUCUCCGACUCCGAUCGGACCGAGAUGGUCAUGGAGGCAGAGAAACGGAUAGCUGAGGAAGUCGCGAAGUUUGCUGCCACAUGGACCCACUUCUCUGCACACAUAUCCGAAUUUUUAUUGCGAGUUGGGGGCCUGGAUCUCUCCAAAACAGCUGGUGAUAUGUGCAUAACCGCAGUUGAUCCGGGCGAGGAUUUCUCUUCGGUCGUUGAUCAGACACCGGUCGAGGCACGCCUAUCCCGACGUGAGGUAAACGCCCUCUAUCAUGAAGCGGAGGAGGCACGAGUAUCUGGAUUCAUAUCCAACGAACCUAAUGGACGUUUGGUCAGGUUCUUGAAUCUGUUAAGAGUAAAUAUUCGUGAUGCAUCUUCGCUCAUGGCUCCCAAUCCCACCGUUGCGAAUUUCAAGGAACUUAUCCAGCGCCGAAAGGCUCGCAUUGAGCGUCGGAAUGGUGGUGCAGAAGGCAACAGUGGCAGCAGUGAACUACUCUCCGAGUCAUUGUUAUGGUCUCAUCCGGUGUGGAUGCGAAUUUUGCGUGGUCUGGAUUCCGCACUUAUUGCUCUUCACAUCAUUGCUGGACCUGAUGUCCCUCGAAGUCGUCUGCUUGCUAUGGAAGAACUCGUGGAAGCCAUCACCGCUAUUACACACUUCCACUUUAAUCGACUAGUCACCGUCAUUUGUACUCCUGACGAGUCCAAACGCUCCGGGUCCAACAUUCCUGUGGGGCUCACAAACCUUGUUCGUGAAAGCCUCGGCAGUCGAUUGAGUGAAGCGUUGUGUGGUCUGGCUAGCCUCGUGCGUCUCCACCCAGGUCGAUUCACCGACUCCCUCAUUAUGCACCUCACUGACCUCGCUAUUCUCGUCAUCUCUUGUGGGCUUAGCCCUGGGACCUCUCGAAGGUCACCCCCUCCAGGCACCACUGCUUCUUCUUCACCACCCUCUGCUAUCCUCUUCCCUGAGACGGCUCCUCAUCCCGUCCCUGGUGAGUCGCUGGAGCGGCGGGAGCGUCGUCAGAAGGAAUAUUAUGAGCGCAACGCUUGGCGUCUUCAAAUGCAGCGCUCUGCGCUCGCCCUUGCGUCCAUCAUCUUCUUACAGUAUGAUAAACACCGUCGUCUGGUCGCCAGUGAUGUUCUGUCAAAUCUCAUCACCGCACCUAUAAAGGCGGUCUCUAAUAAGACUUCUAUUUCGUCCUUUGCCAGAAGCUGCUCCGCUAUGCGAAACUUCUGGAUUUUAGCAUCGGGGAGUUUCACCAAAGGUUGGCAGCCCUUCUGCCGAAACGCCCAAACUUCCUCCUCGUCUGCCCAUAACUUUGUGGCGAAUUCGCACUUCCUUCGUGUGCAUCCCUUCACCGCAGUCCUUAUGGCCCUCAUCCAGGGUCUUAUUCCCGCCCCUUCACAUAUGGCUAGUGGGCGACGGAGUUCGAGUGCGGGUGCACCGGCCACCCCGUCAAGUGGUGUCAGCCAACAGUCCACUACCACGGGCACCGGCAUGAGUGACCAACACGCCAACAUGGAUGCUACGCAGCUGGCGAAGGAGGAGAAGUCUAUGUGCAGUGCAUACACCAAUGCCAUUCGCACCUCUCAAUUUCUGAUCUCGGAGAUGUUCAGAAAAGCUGUUGCUAAGGGGGAGGAUAAUCUGAGUCCACUUGUCGACACAGUUCUCGUUGAUCUUCUGAGGGUAGCAGCCGAUGCUCCAAUUGAGUGGCCAGUAGCGAGUCUCCUGCUCACUAUUUUUGGCAAAUUCCUGAUCCAACAGCUAAAUGGUUCCUCCACAACACCCUCCUCCUCGCGAAGUCAAACUCCCACUCAAGGAGCUGCUGCUUCCGCUACGGCCUCCUCAUCCACAACGACCUCAGCGUCAAAUCGAAAUGCUGAUUCCAUGGCUCGUCAGAUUGCUUUGGAUAGUCUUAUCACUCUCACUGGAGGUAUGUAUUACCUCCAAAAGCUUCGGGGUUCUGUCAAUAAAAGCAAUUUUGAUCUAGGGGAGGCUAGGAGUGCACUUUCCACAUUCCUUGGAAGCCCUAUUUUGGGUCUCUAUCAUCUUACUCUCGGUAUUGCCGACGAAUCGAAGAUAGAUGCUGCUUCUGCCCCUGCUGGGGAACUCCCCAACCACACACGACAGCGAGAUUUCGCUUAUCAACUCAUCUCGCGCCUUCGGUAUAACCACUUUGAUGGUCUCACAGUGGCUGCCAAAAGGUUCCACUUGGUGACGUGGUUGCACGAAACGAACCAGGAACUCAGCUUAACCACACCUUCAUCAACUGAAGAGAGGCGAAAACAAUUGGAGGAGAUCCGUAAGGGUCUUUUAAUGGAGUUCGCCUCAACCCAUCACAGCAUCUCUGGCAUAGCCCCCUGGUUACCUCCCACGCGUGGAGCGGGUAGUGGUGGUGGCGGCGGUGGUGCUACCAGCAACCGUGCGGGUCUCAUCAGCCCCGCAGCCUCUGAGCCCAGCAUUGCGGGCGAGCGGCCACUGAGUGAUACGAAGCUGGCUCUUUACACUGGCUACGGUGUGGGCGCCGACAUCAGGCAUAAAAAAACCGCUUGUGCACAUAGAUUUGCCACUAAAAUUGCCGCGCAUAUUCACAAUCCAAUCGGGUUCGAUGUGCUCUAUAUGCAGAUUGUCAAGAUCCAACCGGUGACAUUUGGUUUUACCAACACUUCCACCUAUGUAGAACCGGAAUUUUCUCUGAGGUAUUACAUGUCUGCAAGUAGUUUUUUGUACGAACCUACAGGGCUUGGAAUACUGGUAGAGCAGGCCAUUGGUGUGGAGGUUGAAUUUCUGGAGACUAGAAAGACUCGUAUGGUCCACGAUGCAUCGCUUGUUGUACGUACUCGAGCACUGAAGGGUCUGUCCAACUUGGUUGAGACCUAUCCAGAGUGCAUUCCAGCACCGGUGAUCACGGAGAGCCCUACUCCUAGUCCCUCAGACCUCCUCUCAAUCGUUCCUCUUCGCCUCAUGGAUGGUUCACCGAUGGUGCGCGAGGCAGCCGUCGAGUUGGCUGGACAUCUGGUCAACAUCCCCGACUCUGCCUUUCCAUCACGCCUCUUCAAGCCUCUAGUCAAUCGGGUGCUUGAUAUGCAACUCAGUGUUCGCAAACGUGCUGCCAAGAGUCUGCAACAACUCCUUCUUUCUGACUCUGAUGACACACUUCGAACACCUCUGCUUACCUCUAAACAACGAUCUGAUGCCUGUGUCACGCUUCUUAGACGUUUUAAUGACGAAGAUGCUAUCAAGAAAAUUGUAAUGGAGACGUUCACAGCGCUCUGGUUCACUUUUGGAACUGGUGAAGAUGUGGACGCUUCCAAAUUGGCCGUACGUCUCGAAAAACUUGCCCGGAACAUGUGUGAGGUGGUUUUAAGCGUUCGGGGCCGUGGUUCUGGUGUGGUGGAAGAAUUCAUGGCCUCGAUUCUUAACCAAGAAUCACCAGAGAAGGCAGUUCAAGUUGACGCCGCCAGCUCCGAAAUUGUCGACUUUCUUUUGAAGAUAGUUCAGCGCUACCACAAUGCAAGCUGGCACACAGCAAGUUGUCCACUUCACCCGAAACACAAUCGAGGACGUCCAUGUAGCCCUGAGGCUCACUGUAAAUGCUCUACUCAACCGCCAGACGUUCUGUCAGUACAGAAUGUUUUCCUAGUACUUAGCAUCAUGGCCAAACCUCGGCCUCAGUUAUUUUUGCAGCAUAUACCCAUAUUAGCCGAAGUGGUCGCCUUCGCUGCUGUCUCGCAGGACAAUGGGGGCGUUCUGGAUGGCAAUACUCUCUCCUACGCCAUAGAGAUUAUUGAAUCGUGCUGCCGCCAUGUUGCCGCCGAACGAGGCUCACGGUUGAGUCAACUGUUUCGCGAUGGCACGGAUGCCUUGGAGGAUUACCUGAUCGUCCUUCUUCAGCGACAUUGUCGUGUCGUUGUGGACUCGUCGGUUGCAUGCCUGGCAGCUAUCGCUACUCAGCUCACCAUGAACUACUCCCGUGUGGCCACCUGUUUCGCUCAGUUUUAUGAAUGUCUAAUACAAGAACGCAAAGCUGCAACAGAGCGCCUAAGGAGGCUCACCUCCAAACACACUGCUUUCACCGCCUCUUCCUCCUCCUCCGUUUCUUCUCUACGUUCUCCGUUGAAAGCGCGUCCCAAGGUACUCCGCGCUGUCUAUGCUGUUGGAUUGAUUUGCAAGCAUUUCUCUCUCAAGGAUCUUGCUAACGCCGCCGUCAAACUGAGUAACGAGUCUAACACUGGUGCUCGGCGCUCUUCCAUUGAUCUCAGUAUUCUUACCCAUCAGGCUAAUAUCGGAACGAACAACCGCGAUGAGGUCUUCAACACUCUCAUGUUCUUCUCAGAGACUGCUCUUCUGAUGAAUAUCGAUGAGGAAGCUCGUCGUGCCCUCAUCACCACCAGUAAUGAGGACGUUGAGAUGGCCAAAAAGGCCGUUGCUGGUCUCUCCUUUUUGGCCAACCGACACGAUUACCUUUUCCGCUCGCCACGCCUUCAGGAAUUCUUUAAGAGCAUUCUCUCCGGAGUGAGUGCCACUUUUCCACAACAAGCUGUUGCUGAUCUUCAGUGUAUCGUUCUCGACUGUAUAAACGCCUUUUUGGUCGACGAAGAGAAAACGAUGCUGAGUAAUGAUAGCAAUUGGCUGGCGCGACGGAAGCAAGAAUCGCUGAAAGAUCUGGGAGAUAGUCAGGAGGUACACGGUGGCACAGUGGCACAGAUCUACUUGAAGACUGCUCUAGAGCACUGCAUCAUCUGCCCCUCGACCACAGUACGCACCAAAGCCCUCUCUCUCGUUGCUACAGCUGCGCGUCAGGGUCUCGUCCAUCCUGUCAGCUUCAUCGCCCCUCUCAUCUCCCUCCAAACUGAUCCUGAAUUUGCUGUUAGGUCCCGAGCCAUCAGCAUUCUUCAGGAGAUCUCUCAAAGAUACUCGGGUUUUCUAGCUCUGAAAGCAGCGCAAGGUAUUCGCAGCGGUUUUCUUCUCCAGCGGAUGAUUGCAUCAUCUUUGAACAAGCAGCAGACGAUUAUUCGUGGCGCUUAUGUUGGCAAAGCUGCUGCUACCUCCACUUCCUCCUGCCCUGACAAAACAGACGUCUCGAGUGCACAAGCUCGACCCCUCGCCCUCAGCCACCCAACUUACAGCCUCCUGCAGGGCAACAAACAACACCGGCGUUCUCUUAUCACUUCACUCGUCAACCUCUUUGACAUGGACUACAUUCCGCAACCAGCUUCCCAAGCCAUUUCGCCUUACAUUUCAAUGGCACCGGAUGUCACAGUGAGGAAAUCUGCCUCCACUCUCGGUGCCACGGCAACCGAUGUCGUCGACGCAACAUCCGAAGACAAUGGUCUUUCAGAGCUUAUUUAUGUCUGCGAUCACCUGGCCCACUUUCCCUAUAAGACGGUGGAUGAGGUCUACUACCUAGCACACUAUCUCGAUCUCCGUAUUAGCACAAUUGGCUCUGCGCUGGUUCGUAGCCUCCAGGACUGCCUUGUUUCAACCUCUCAACUGAAAUCAGAGUCUAGUGCUGUUGGAACUGAUGUCGAUGCUGUAACAGAACCCCCUUCUCUCAUUUAUGACCGAAAGGUAAUCAAUCUCCUGGAAGACGUGGAAUCGGAACUCUUUGCCAAAUCGGCUAUGCCUUUAGAGGUGGGUCCGAACGAACGAAAGGCCAUUGACCGCAUAAAUCGACCAGUCGCUGCGGGCAAACGUCUCGCCUUCCGCGAAAAGGUCUUUCGCAAUGGCCCUGCCUGCCUCCUUCUUAUGGCCAUUCGCAAAUACCUCGAGGAGGCCUACGAUGUCACUUCCAAUAAACUGAGUUCCUACUCCUCCACCGAUGAAAAACAUUUGCAAAAACCCAUUCCAUCGCCUUCAGCACGCACGCUUCACUCAGGCGUGCUUUACCAAUUGGUUGAGAUCCCCGCCAUAGUGACCUCCUGCGCCCUCAAUCCUGCAUGGCCAGUUGUGAGUCCUAGCCUGAAGGAGGCCUUAGUCCGUGACAGUGGUGCUGGCGACGCGGCAAAUUUGGACAUCAACGUCCUCCGAGUGGCCCUCCUCGUGCACCGCCAACUCCUCACUGUAGAUGGGUCUGAUGAGGCUCUGGGCAUGGAGAUCGCGCCUCCUCCAUCUCCUCUUCUGCCCCCGAUGCCUCGUCCCUCCAUCGGACCUAACGGCGAUAUGGUACAAUCAAAGAGGGCAGCGGCGGCGAUUCCAACCCAUCGGGAGACUGAGAGAUUUAGAGAAAAGUCCCAUAGUGACCAUCGCAUCUCAACCAAGAUACCGACCAAGAGCGGUCACUCCUCAUCUACAAAGCAUCGACGGGUCGGUGAAAAUGUAAGCGAGGAUAGGACGGGCAAUUUGAGCGACAGCCUCUCUUCCCUCUCGGACACUAGCUCGGUGCGCAAAAUGGCAGGCGGGACCAAGCAACAGUCCGCGUUUAUGCGGUACACUGAAAAGAAAAAGCGACGUCAACCUUCAUGUUCGCCUUCCACCAAACCGUCAAAACACCUCACUAAGUCAAAUCCAGAGGAAACCUCGACCCUCAGCAAGCACACUAUAACUUCCGCCUCCAUGCCAAAGAAAGACACCACUACCAAGUCGAGCUCCAGAAAGCGUCAACAUCACUUGAGCGAUACCGAACUCUCCUCCCUCUCCAGUUUGGAGGAGGAUCCUGCACUUCCUCGAAAACCCGCUAAAUGCCCCCCACAACCUUCGCCGUCGUUCACCAAGAAGGCAGUGGUAGCGGCGACGACUUCUGGUUCGGCGGAAAGGCCUGUUUUUUCCCGACCGAAGUAUGAUCUCGCCCCCCUUCCUGGCACACCGGAUAUUCUGACGCAACAGGAGCAGCGUCGGAGAAUGAAGGCUCUUGCUGCCAAGAAGGCCGUGGCCAAGCAUCUGUUGAUGGAGACAGCCAGGAAGAAGUCUCAGCCUGCUCAACCAUCUCCCAGGAGCGAGAGCUUCAAAAGAGAGUCUAAAAGGUCUUGCCGACUGAUCGACCAUGAUAGCGGCUCAGAUGUCGAGGAGGCAUCUUCGGUUUCGUCGGUAUCCUCCGUCUCCACGCCCUCAUCUUCCAGGAGCUCCUCUGAUUUCGAUUAA